GCUAAGGAGGACCCGUUUCAGCCCUGCUUCCCACGUCCGAAAUUUCACACUAGUGACCGAGCCCGUUCGCUAGGGUCUCCCCCCUGCCUGCUCUCCCGGUUCCACAAGUUCUAAAUGGAGCACUUGUCAAUGGUGUGUCCAGGACUGACUGCUUGGCAAACCGCCGAGGGCGAGCGAUACGUGACUCAAUCUCCCUCGCGACACGCAGCACGCAGACACACUCUCUUUUUUCGGGGUUGCAGAAAAUAGUAAAUGCUUAUCCGCUACCUCCCCGGCCUUCCUCCCUCUCCACAUAGAGCAGUAGUGUCGACGUUGCCCCCAAAAAAAUUUCAAAGCAAAGCAACAAGGGCUGGCAGAAAGAGAAGAGAGGAGCGAGAAACAAAAAGAAAAAGAAAGCACCGCCUCUUCUUCCGAGCCGACCGAGGUGGCGCGCGGACACCGAGGUCAAUAGGCUUUUUUCUAUUUUGUCUCGCUGCGAUUCUUGAAUUGCACCUGCUGUUUUUCAACCCGCUUCUGCCAUCGGGUCUUUCGAAAUUGUUACUACAACCUGCAUUUUCUUUUUGGCCUUUUUUAUUUAUUUUUUCUUUCUCCAUCCUUUGGUACGAAUCAUCUUCUCCGGAUACGACGACGACGCCGACGACAAGAGCAAGGCUUGGAAUGACGAGCUCUUACCUGCACAAGCGAGAGGGCGAUCGAGGAAAGCGCACGGUAGCGAGGAGAAGCCGAACAAGCAGAAGGCUGUGCCAGGUGCUCCACGCUGCGUACCGCAUCGCUUCGCACCGCACGAACGCUUCACUAGUCAACACCAGCCUUUGAACAGUCACGGAAAAGGAGAAAGAGAGCAGCGACAGAGGGAGAACGCGAGGGAGAAAGAGAGAGAGAGAGAGAGAGAGAGAGAGACGGGGAGAGCGAGGGUAGAAGGGAAUGAAGCCGUCCAGGACGC